AGUAGCGCCAGCGCCGGAAAAAAGGCAUUUGAAUACAAAACUUCUGCAAGUGACAUGGAUAAGAAAAGGAAGAUGCAUGGUAAAAGCCAUAUGCCUGCUCUUGAGAAGACCUCAAAGAAAAAAUUGAAAAGAAAUAAACUGGAUUUGGAUGUAGAAGACAUUGCUUUAAUACCCACCGAGGAAUACAAAGCCAAGUCCCAUCCUCGCGGUAAAUUACUUCCAUGUGAGGAACCAGAUGUCUCAAGAAUAUUGAAGAUAACUGAGACUGGGCAAGUUGAGGAGCCUGAUGAUUCAUUUGAUCACCCUUUACACAGCACUGCUGUAGACGCUGGAGGGAAUGUGGAAUUGCAGGAAGAGGACCACGACAUGUCAGCUAGUCAUUCUUCUGAUUCAUUUCCACAAGGGAAAAAUGCAGAGACAAGAAAAAAUCAAUGUAGCUUGAAAAUGCCUGAAGAUAACAAAUCAGAGACAGAGGAUUCUGAAGAUGAAUCACUGAAGGAGAAUAAGAUACAGAAAAAGAUAUCAGGAAACGCCAAGACCAAUGUGGAGGAAUCUAAGUUACCAUCUGCAUUAGCAUUGAGGAACAGCUCUUCAGAAAGCAGCAUAUCAAAUAAGGUUACAGAUUUAGUGAAGAAGUUGAAUGCACAAAAGAAGCCCAGGAACAGUGCUAAAUCCCAUGUGAAACCUAAGAAGUCUUCACAAAAGAGUGCAUUAGAGCCUUCCGCUGAUGAUAGUCCAUUUUCUAUACAGAUUUGGUGCCCGAAAGGGCUGAGAAGAUUUUCCCAAGAUAUUACAGAACUGGAUGUUGUUCUGGCUGAGAAUGAGAAGAUAACUGCAGACUACAAACAAAGGGUGGAGUCUAGGAUUUGCAGGGAAGCUAUUGCGGUCUUCUAUUCUGGCUUCAAGGAGCAACUCACUAAUACUAUAACAGAAGUCCAGGAACUGAAGGAUUUGAAAAGAAAAAAUGCUAAGGUGAUCACAGACAUCAAUAAGAAAAGACGGCGUUUGCUGGAAGUUAGAGAAGAACUAAUUCGGACUGGACCACAACUGAAGCAACUACAAAGAGAAUAUGCUGAGCUACAAGAGAGAGAAUCUUCUCUCAGGAACGCAACCCAGUUCCUAACUGAUUUAAAGGAGAUGCAGCAACAAUAUAUAAAUUGCAGAGAAGACCACCCACAAGAAAAAGAAGUUUACGGAACUUCCAGCAUUCCUGCUCUCCUGGUGGAAUCUCAACGAAUUUUAAGAGCUGAAAGUCAUUUUCAAAAUAUCAGCACAAGAUUACAAGAGUUUCUGAAUUUGCAGAAAAAGGAGCUACCAGGGAAAUUGUAAAUGCUUUAUACAAUAUACUUUCUUCUUGCAACUAAGCACAGUUAACAUCAGUUAAGUGUAUUCACAUUCAUAUACAGAUAGCUACUUCUUGUGGUAAGGUGCUAAAUAUACAUGGUUAUGACAUUCCUACUCCAUUUAGAUUUUGGUAUUUUGUGUUUGCACUCUAAUUUCUGAUAACAGAAGCAGCAAUUGUUUAACUACUACCACAUGCAUUUAAUAAAACAAAGCACUGUGUUUAAA